AUGACCGCCCACCACCUGUCCACCAUCCAGAACGCGGACAUAAUAGUGGUGUUUCAGAAUGGCAAAGUCAAGGAGCAUGGCACGCAUCAACAGCCCAAGCAGGGCCGAGUCGCUUCCGUGGCCGGGUCAAGGGCGGGCUCGGCUGCAGAAGGGGGCGAGGGCUCCGUGCGCGGGCUUCGGGCCCUUCCCCGACCUCCACCGACCGAGCAGCCGAGGGCGACCCGGCCAGGCCCCGAGGGCCGAGGGCCUCCGCCUGCUCAGAGGCCUGUGCUCCCGCGGACCCUCAAAGCGCGAGGCCCCCGCUCCCCGCCCCCCCAAGCUGAACCGGGAGGCCCUGGCUCCGGCCCGACCCCUGCCCCGGGGCGGUCCUUCCAGAACAGCCGGCGGCCCGCCUACCUCGCGUGGCGCGGGCCUCCGCCGACCCGCCGCCGUCCCUCCGCGGGCGCUGCUCCCUCGGCGCGGGGCCUCCUGCCCCCGGGCCACGCCGCUCACUCCCGAGCCCGGUGCGGGGCCCAGCCCGGCCGCCCCACGCGGGUGCGCUUCGGGAACAUUCGCCGGCGGAGCCGGGGCCCGCAGGGGGGAAGCACCCAGGUUCCUCUUGGAGAACGCACCCUGGCUUUUCAGCAUCUUCCCUCAGAUAAACGUCUGCGCGGGGGGGAAGGACACCCCGACCACCGGCCGCCGAGCGCCCGCACCCUCGGGCGGCCCCCCGCCCCGCCCCGCGGCCCUGCGAGGCCGGCCCGGAGACCCCGCGGCCUCUGA